UCCGUCAGUACCUCCACAGGUUCGGGCACGCGGAGGUCCCAGUCUGCCCGGACUGCCCAGGUGUAGAUGAAACUGCCGAACACAUACUGUUCGUAUGUCAUCGGUUCGAAGUCGAAAGUAGAGCAAUGCUUGACGUCUGUGGCUGGGACACAACCCCGGAUACCCUUAUUCAGCGGAUGUGUCAAACGGUGGAGAAGUGGAACGCAGUCUCGGCUGCUACCAUCCAGAUUCCAGUAGGCUACAGGUAAUCUGGCGAACCGAGCAACAGACGGCGGGCACGGCUAACUAGUGAUUGGUAGAGGUUGGUAGAGGCUAGCACAAAAGUCAGCCUAGCAAGGAGUGAAAAAGGUGAGCACACAAGUCAGCCUCGCAUGGUAUGUCAGAAGUGGGGCCUAAGAAAAAUGUCCCACAUGGGAUGCCAGGGGGAGUGACAAAGGUACAAUAGAGUGGCACGAUUGAGAGUGAAUCAUGUGAUAGGGUGAGCACCCAAGUCAGCCUCACAUGGUAUGGGUAGGGCGAGCACAAAAGUAAGCCUAGCAAGGAAUGAGUAAGGUGAGCACACAAGUCAGCCUCGCACGGAACGUAAAAGGUGAGCACAAAAGUCAGCCUCAUGUGGGAGUGUUUGAGAGUGAAUCAAAGUGCGAUUGAGAGAGCACCCAAGUAAGCCUCAUACAGGAUGUAUGAACGCGUGAGUGAGAGUGAAUGAGUACAUUUAGUACAGCCAUCCCCCCAGAAGUAAUACCGAGAGGUAGUUCCUGGGAGGAAUGAUGGCGGAGCCCAAUGGAGUUUAGUCGGUAUUAAUGGCUGGUCACCAUUCGAGUCCGACACGCCCCCAGUGCACCCAGUGUGGUAGAUUGGAGUGCACCCAGUGUGGUAGAUUGGAGUACCGUUAGCACGUGUACUGGGCUAGGACAUAAAGGUCUUCUCCAUUGUAAAAAAAAAACACAGACAUUUGUCGAACUCGACGAGCUGAAUCGAAUGGUAUAUGUCACUCGGCUCUCCGGGCCUCCGUUAAAAUGUCAGAUUUCAGAGCAAUUGCAAUACCUUUCUAUUGAGAAAGGCAAAAAGGUGCGAAAUCGGCAAAGUCCCAAAAAGUCGAUUUUUAUAAAAAAAAAAAUCGUGAUAACAUAAAUUCUCGACGUUUCAUGCAUUUUAAAGAUGUUUGGCAUCAAAAAUACGAAUUCGAUUUCUGAAAUUUCAUGGGGUCCCCCCAUUGAAAAAAAAAUUUGAGUUCCGGCUUAUAUGGGAAUUUCAUAUGUGACCGGACGGUUUAGUCUAUAUUUCCGGAACCAUACAAGCGAUCCGUGCGAAAUUUUAUAGACAUCUGUGGGGAUAAUAUAGCUAUCAUUUGGGACUAAGUUUGUGAAAAUCGGCCAAACCAUUUCCGAGAAACUGUUACGAGUUUGCUAGUUUUGAAAGAUGGCCGCUUUUCCCGGGCACUUCCGGGACCGUCUAUGGUGGUCAAUGCUGUCAACUGCAAAUUUAAGUUUUUGAGAGACAUUUUAGCGAAAUUUUUACCUUUUUUGCUUUCAUCGGAGUAUCGGUUUGAAUCACAAUUUGCUAUGUGAUCGCACGCCACAACCCGUAACUCCGGAACCGGAAGUCGGUUCGGGAUCAAAUUUAAUAGCCAUUUUCGGGGACGCAACAUCUUUCAUGUGAGACAGAGUUUGGUUGAUUCGGUCUAGCCAUCUGUUAUUCUGAAUUUGGAUACUUCCGCCAGGGCUUCCGGAACCGAUGAUGGUGGCCAAUGUGACCAAAAAGACUGUGAAUGGCUGUUAGUGAUCUAGUACUACAAAUCGAAGCAGUUGGGGUAACAUUUUGGAAAAAUUUUCAUCAUUAUACAUUCAUUGCAGAAUUUAUUAAAAUCGACAUUUUCUACGUGAUCGUACUCUUCACUCUGUAAUUUCGGAACCGGAAGUCGGUCCAUUAGAAAUUCAAUAGCAGUGAAGUGAAUGAGAUUGUGUUCGCGUACACACACAAACGCACAUACACACACAUACAUACACACAUACAUACACACACAGACAUUUGCCGAACUUGACGAGCUGAAUCGAAUGGUAUAUGUCACUCGGCCCUACGGGCCUCCGUUCAAAAGUCGGUUUUCAGAGCAAUUGCAAUACCUUUCUAUUGAGAAAGGCAAAAAGUAACAUUACGAUCACAAUUUCGUGGUAGCGGUAACGUGGAAGCAGCGUUAUCACAGCAGCUGCUCCCUACGAUACACUCACGCUUCAACAGUGAUUCAAGUACUAUAUCAUACAGAUAUGGCAGAAUAUAGUCGUCAGCGAGCAACUAUCUUCGGACGUAUGACCCGAAUCGAAAAAUGCAUCUCAGAUUUCGAUUCACUCAAAGAACAGACAGUGCAGCAUGUCUGGGAACGCAUAAAUGGGAUCAAUAGACUAUGGGAAGAUUUCGACGCCGUUCAGAUCAACAUCGAGAAUGAAGAUUGCAGCAAUACGUAUGAAGAGGACAAUAAAAGACCAGGCUUUGAGUCACGAUAUUUUGACGCAGUAGCAAAACUUGGCUUAAUCGUUGAGAAGCUAGAAGCCGCGCAAAACAGUGUGAUACCAUCAGCUCCUCCCUAUCAAGAUGAGCAUAAUCAGUCUGCAGCAGUGGUGCAGUGGUAUGUGGAACCACAAUUCCGUUUACCACCGUUGGAGCUUCCGAGAUUUCACGGAGACGUAAUGGAUUGCCCUUUUUUACGUGAUUCCUUCGUCGCACUAAUUCAUAACAACGGGCAGUUGUCUGAUGUGCAGAAACAGUUUUAUCUAAAAUCUUGUCUCAAAGGCGAAGCUGUUUAUAUGGUUGAUACUUUGGAUAAUACCGCAGCUAGUUAUGCCGCUGCUUGGGAGAUAUUAUCAUCACGAUAUGACAAUAAGCGAAUAAACAUCUACAAACACGUUCAAAACCUUUUCCACCUACCUCAGAUAACUGAGGAAUCUUCUAAAUCGUUGCGUAAGUUAUUAACCGAUUUUCAACCAAAUGUUUGCGUACUGAAACAACUUGCCCAGCCGACGCGAUAUUGGGGAACACUUUUACAUUAUUUGCUAUCCAGCAAGUUAGAUCAUAUUACACGUCGUGAUUGGGCAAAUAGAAUUAAGCCUUCGGAAGUACCAGUCAUAGGACAGCUGGUAGAAUUUGUUUUGGUCAGGUGCCAAGCAUUGGAAAUAUUGGCUGUUGAAAAAAGGAACCCAAGUCGCCCAAAAUACAAUGCGGUCAUUAACAUUGUCACAUAAAAUGCAUCAGAAUGUCGAAUAUGCAAAAAAUCACCAUUCCAUCCACUCUUCAAGUGUCCAGGUUUUCUGAAAAUGCCGGUUUAUCAGCGAAAUAGAACCGUGAUAGAAUUAAAACUGUGCAGAAACUGUUUUUCGACACGACAGGAAACAUCGGAAUGCAAAUUAAGUAACUGCAGACUGUGUGGACAGCGACACAAUUCGCUUUUGCACGUUCCGGGUGAAUCGCGAGGUAGCUCUGGAAACUAUUAUUGCCGGAGAAGAUUGAACAGGAUAAAUACAUUCUCUGGAACACCUCUUUUGGAUAGAUAGUGUCUGGCAAUACGGAAAAUGUCAUUGACCGUCCGAUUUGUAACAUUGCAAUGCCGUGUACUUCGGCAGAUAUAAAAGUUUUACAAAGCCUAGAACGAUUUUGGCAUAUAGAGCAGCUGGAGCACAGUGUAGCAAAGCAAGCAACGAUGGACAAAUGUGAGCAACAUUUUCGCCAAACUCAUCGACGUUUGUCUGAUGGUCGAUACUGUGAGAUGUAGAUUUACCUCAGUUUCGUACCCCUCAGUCUCUUACUCAACAGUGUUUUACACCGCCAAUAAUGCCUAGUUGUGCUGGCACUGCUGCCACUGCAAAGCGCCAACAUCCGCCACGAUAAUUCUUUGUCAGCGUCAUUGUGCAUCAGAUUCUCGUGGAGGUAAGCCAUAUACAAAGAUGGCAUCUACGUGUCCAGUGAUUUCCUCAGUAAUAAUAAUAAGUGGCGUCCUGUAAGAUAUCCUGCGCAAAUCGCGACUUUUACAUUGGCGAUCCCGCCAGGAGUAACUAUUAUAUUAGUUAGAAAGUCAACGAAAUAAGCAGCAAUAGGAAAUCACUCGACAUGGCGACUUUGAGAAAAUUAAGAAAGUGAAUAUGGAGUGAUCCGAACAAAACAGAAUGGCGUGUUGUGAUAACCGCUAAUUAGAGAGGCGUGUAACGAAGACCGCCUAAGUUAAGGUGUGUAAUGAAAACCACCUGAAGAAAAAAUAACAUGGUGUGUUGCGACAACUGCUUAAUUUUUGAAGAGGCGUGUAACGAAAACCGCCUAGGUUAAGGUGUGUAAUGAAAACCACCGGGAAAAAAUCAAAAUAGCAUGUUGUGAUAACCGCUUAUUAGAGAGGUGUGCAACGAAAACCGCCUAGGUUAAGGUGUGUAAUGAAAACCACCGGGAAAAAACAAAAUAGCGUGUUGUGAUAACCGCUUAUUAGAAAGGCGUGUAACGAAAACUGCCUAGGUUGAGGUGUGUAAUGAAAACCACCUUGAAACAAAAAAGAUAAAAUGGCGAGUUAUGAUAACCGCUAGUUAUUUGGCAGGCGCGCAAUGAAAACAGCUCAGGUUUAAGUGUGUAGUGAAAACACCUGAAUGAAAACAAAAUGACCUGUUGUGAUAACCACUAAAUAUUUGAAAGACGUGUAAUGAAAACCGCCUUGGGAAAAAAUAUGGCCACGUAAUGAAAAAUGACAUUAACUAUAAUGAACAUGUUUAAAUAAUUGUUCGAUGCGCUUUGGAACAAUAAUGGAAAUCGUCAAGUGCAUACAAAUGUUGUCAUAUGUCAUCGCGACUAUAAAUUCGAAGGAAUGGCCAAAGCAAUUGAGCAUGCUUUAUGCAAUUCGGGAAGACUUCCAUGAAAGAAGGCAUGCUUACUAAGCUUGGGUGUGUUGUAAUCCCUGAAAAUCUGUCCAAGAAAACACUAGAAGUGUCUCAUGCUGGACACCCCUUAACGGCAAAACUCAAGAGCAUUCUGCGAGAACGUGUAUGGUGCCCCGGGAUGAACACAGAUACAGUGAGUGCAAUCAUGCAAAUAUCUAAUACAUCCUCUCUUGCGUCAGUGUUUCACCUCGUAGCAGAAAUAGGCCGACGGAAUAUAACUAGGACACCUAGAAGAAGAAGAAACGAUAUUUGGAGGUUAGACUAGACUAAAUUGUUUGCUAAUAUGAUGUUAAUUAUAGCAGACGAAUUAGCAUUAGCGCUGAUAUCACUUAAUAUACCGAAGUGAUAUGGAUAUCACGUCAAAGAAUUCAUAUUUAAGCGAGAUGAUAGUGUUUGACAUUUCAAUUGACAACUCAAAUGUCAUUGAUUUCGAACCGUAAACGUAAUCAUUCGCAAUUGCGGGAAAUUUGCGAUUCUAUCGAAAAUGUUUCAUUGUAUGCAUUAAAAAUAUAUUUAAAGAAAUAAGUUAGAUGUUUAUAUGGUUCGUAUUUCAGACGGAAAGGGCAAAUAUUUUACCGUUGCGUUCCAAGACACUUUUUACUGGUACAUUUAAGUGUUCAGUUGGCUUUAGAUUUGGAUUUAGAUUCUUUAACCAAACUAUUUGGAAACGAUCAGACAUAGAUUCAAUCCUAAGCUAGUGUUCUGUAUUUACUGAAAUGUGUCAUGAAAAAUUAAGUUGCUCAAAAUUCACGUUUUGACAGUUUUAGUGCUCGAUGAAAUCAAAACUGCAGAAACAAAUUUCAACAGAAACAUAAAUAUUGUUGCCAGAAUUAUUGAAAGAUUCGAAAAUAGACCAUGCAGAGUUGCCAGUUACAUUAAAUUGGUCUGAAUUCGAGCAAAAUUGUAUUGAGAUUGGAUAUUUUUUUUUUUUUGAAUUUUUUAGUAAUAUAAAUGUAUAGGAGAUUGUUUAAAUUUUCUAAGAUUACCGAAAAAAUACGAAUUCAUGCAAAAUCGAACGAAAUAUAACAAUUAUCCUGAAGUGACGUUCCCCUCGAGUGUCCAUGUUAAUUCGAAUAAUAUGAGUGAUGAAAGCUGGUUGCCGGUCCAAUGGGAAUUUCUAGCCCAUCCACUUGAAAUGCAGGUAAACACAGGUUGGAAGAGUGUAGCAGUUCUUUUUUUAGGGAAGAGGAAGAAUGUGAGGUGUAGAUUUACCUCGGUUUCGUACCCCUCAGUCUCUUACUCAACAGUGUCCUACACCGCCAAUAAUACCUAGUUGUGCUGGCACUGCUGCCACUGCAAAGCGCCAACAUCCGCCACGAUAAUUCUUUGUCAGCGUCAUUGUGCAUCAGAUUCUCGUGGAGGUAAGCCAUAUACAAAGGAGGCAUCUACGUGUCGAGUGAUUUCCUCAGUAAUAAUAAUAAGUGGCGUCCUGUAAGAUAUCCUGCGCAAAUCGCGACUUUUACAUUGGCGAUCCUGCCAGGAGUAACUAUUAUAUUAGUUAGAAAGUCAACGAAAUAAGCAGCAAUAGGAAAUCACUCGACAUGGCGACUUUGAGAAAAUUAAGAAAGUGAAUAUGGAGUGAUCCGAACAAAACAGAAUGGCGUGUUGUGAUAACCGCUAAUUAGAGAGGCGUGUAACGAAGACCGCCUAAGUUAAGGUGUGUAAUGAAAACCACCUGAAGAAAAAAUAACAUGGUGUGUUGUGACAUCUGCUUAAUUUUUGAAGAGGCGUGUAACGAAAACCGCCUAGGUUAAGGUGUGUAAUGAAAACCACCGGGAAAAAAUCAAAAUAGCAUGUUGUGAUAACCGCUUAUUAGAGAGGUGUGUAACGAAAACCGCCUAGGUUAAGGUGUGUAAUGAAAACCACCGGGAAAAAACAAAAUAGCGUGUUGUGAUAACCGCUUAUUAGAAAGGCGUGUAACGAAAACUGCCUAGGUUGAGGUGUGUAAUGAAAACCACCUUGAAACAAAAAAGAUAAAAUGGCGAGUUAUGAUAACCGCUAGUUAUUUGACAGGCGCGCAAUGAAAACAGCCCAGGUUUAAGUGUGUAGUGAAAACACCUGAAUGAAAACAAAAUGACCUGUUGUGAUAACCACUAAAUAUUUGAAAGACGUGUAAUGAAAACCGCCUUGGGAAAAAAUAUGGCCACGUAAUGAAAAAUGACAUUAACUAUAAUGAACAUGUUUAAAUAAUUGUUCGGCGCGCUUUGGAACAAUAAUGGAAACCGUCAAGUGCAUACAAAUGUUGUCAUAUGUCAUCGCGACUAUAAAUUCGAAGGAAUGGCCAAAGCAAUUGAGCAUGCUUUAUGCAAUUCGGGAAGACUUCCACGAAAGAAGGCAUGCUUACUAAGCUUGGGUGUGUUGUAAUCCCUGAAAAUCUGUCCAAGAAAACACUAGAAGUGUCUCCUGCUGGACACCCCUUAACGGCAAAACUCAAGAGCAUUCUGCGAGAACGUGUAUGGUGCCCCGGGAUGAACACAGAUACAGUGAGUGCAAUCAUGCAAAUAUCUAAUACAUCCUCUCUUGCGUCAGUGUUUCACCUCGUAGCAGAAAUAGGCCGACGGAAUAUAACUAGGACACCUAGAAGAAGAAGAAACGAUAUUUGGAGGUUAGACUAGACUAAAUUGUUUGCUAAUAUGAUGUUAAUUAUAGCAGACGAAUUAGCAUUAGCGCUGAUAUCACUUAAUAUACCGAAGUGAUAUGGAUAUCACGUCAAAGAAUUCAUAUUUAAGCGAGAUGAUAGUGUUUGACAUUUCAAUUGACAACUCAAAUGUCAUUGAUUUCGAACCGUAAACGUAAUCAUUCGCAAUUGCGGGAAAUUUGCGAUUUUAUCGAAAAUGUUUCAUUGUAUGCAUUAAAAAUAUAUUUAAAGAAAUAAGUUAGAUGUUUAUAUGGUUCGUAUUUCAGACGGAAAGGGCAAAUAUUUUACCGUUGCGUUCCAAGACACUUUUUACUGGUACAUUUAAGUGUUCAGUUGGCUUUAGAUUCUUUAACCAAACUAUUUGCAAACGAUCAGACAUAGAUUCAAUCCUAAGCUAGUGUUCUGUAUUUACUGAAAUGUGUCAUGAAAACUUAAGUUGCUCAAAAUUCACGUUUUGACAGUUUUAGUGCUCGAUGAAAUCAAAACUGCAGGAACAAAUUUCAACAGAAACAUAAAUAUUGUUGCCAGAAUUAUUGAAAGAUUCGAAAAUAGACCAUGCAGAGUUGCCAGUUACAUUAAAUUGGUCGGAAUUCGGGCAAAAUUGUAUUGAGAUUGGAUAAUUUUUUUUUUCGAAUUUUUUAGUAAUAUACGAAUCUAUAGGAGAUUGUUUAAAUUUUCUAAGAUUACCGAAAAAAUACGAAUUCAUGCAAAAUCGAACGGAAUAUAACAAUUAUCCUGAAGUGACGUUCCCCUCGAGUGUCCAUGUUAAUUCGAAUAAUAUGAGUGAUGAAAGCUGGUUGCCGGUCCGAUGGGAAUUUCUAGCCCAUCCACUUGAAAUGCAGGUAAACACAGGUUGGAAGACUGUAGCAGUUCUUUUUUUAGGGAAGAGGAAGAAUGUGAGGUGUAGAUUUACCUCAGUUUCGUACCCCUCAGUCUCUUACUCAACAGUGUCCUACACCGCCAAUAAUGCCUAGUUGUGCUGGCACUGCUGCCACUGCAAAGCGCCAACAUCCGCCACGAUAAUUCUUUGUCAGCGUUAUUGUGCAUCAGAUUCUCGUGGAGGUAAGCCAUAUACAAAGGAGGCAUCUACGUGUCGAGUGAUUUCCUCAGUAAUAAUAAUAAUAAUAAAUCGCGACUUUUACAGAUACGAAGUCACACUACCAUUCGAGCUGUCACCAUCGAUGUUGGGGGAUUCCGAGUGCAACGCUCUAAGACGAUUCCUCUUUAACCCUUUCAUGCCCAACUUUUUUCUGGUGCAUGUAGGGUUUCAAAGCUAUUUUUCUUUAAAAACGGUGGGGUUAAGUAACACAAAAAGCAUUUAUUAAUAAAAAUAGGUGCUACCUUCGCAGUGCUAGAAGCUGCUCAAUUUUUACCUUCCAAUGCUCCAUACAAUUUUCCUAGAAUGUUUACAACAGUCCGAUUGCGACGAAAACGUAGCCAAAGACAGCCUUGUCCGUUUUCAAUAAUAUUGCAACAUAACGAAGAUAUAUGAAACAUUCAUUUUCCGUCGUCAACGUAAACUGUCCCUGGCAGCACUGCUCCAUCGAACUUCAAUCAGACUAACUGCAAUAACUUCAAGUUUAGAGCUGAUCCUUGUAACUGUAAAUACUCAAAUGAAAUUCAUGAGAUAAUAUGAAAGGAAUGGACACAUGAGUACAUCACUCAGGCAAAAAAUAUAGCGAAUUUCAUAAGAAUAUCGUACAUUUUUGGCCACAAGUAGCACGUAUGUAAAACAUAAGAUUGUCUUAUGAAACGGCAUUUAUUUUGUCAAAUCAGUUUGCUAUGACUUCAUUUUGUAUAAGGUAUCUUUGAUUUUUCAUAAGACAGUAUUAUACAUUUGUCUUAUGAUUAUAAGAAUCAUAAGAUGCUCGUAUGAAAUUCAAACGACUGGCGUGUGCAAUCACUUAUAAAAUGUUGAGGUAAUCAUAAAAGUCGUAUGUUUUUCAUAUUAAUCUUCUGAAAACAUAGUUUUGUUACUUUUCUAUUCAUCAUAAGAUAAAUCUUAUGAAUUUCGCUAUAAGUUUUUCCUUAGUGUAGAAACUCCAAAAUCUUAUAACACGGUGCACAGUGGCAGAUUUCCCCAAAAACCUGGUCAAAAGUCCAAAAUGGUUUUGAUUGACCUGUAAAGGUAUAUACCACGGUUUGUUGGGGCGCAGAUUACGAUUUUGAUGUCAGAUUUUCAAAAUUCAAAAUGCCGGAUGCAAAAUGGCCGACAUUUUAAUAUAAUUAUAAUUAAAUUUUCACGAAUGAAUGGCUUUAAUGGUUCCAGUGUAUGCCAAUAACGUUUAUAAUGUAUCGAAUUUUAAAUGGUGUGUAGUUAAAUGAUGGAAUUUGUUGAUUUGCACGCAAUAAGACAUUUUGGUGUCUAGAUGAUGUAGAUUUUAUGAUAAUUGAUGUUAUUAGUAAUUUCAAACUAUGUAUUUUGAAAUAUUAUACAACAUAGUUCUAAAACUUUUCAACUCUCUGUACGAUUAUUAUUCCAUUGCUGUCCGAUGCACAUAUUUCUCAAAGAACGAAAAAUAGUAUUUUUUAAAAUUAUAGAAAACUAGCUAAUACCCAUCGCGCGAUUUUCAACGUAAUAGGAGGAAAACACAAUUUGUUCCGUAGCGCCAUCUAGCGGGCAGAUAAUCCCCAACCAAUUGCACAUAAACACGCUCCAUAACAAAUGCCUAGCUUCUUGCUAUUGGUGGCAACCUUUAUAGUGACUGACUAUAAAUAAUAACUCUUGAUACUAACUAACCUUGUAUGAUGACUGACUGUUCUGAUUGUAAUUUGUACUAGAGGUGUGCGCCGAUGCAUUUUUAAUCGGUGGCGGCGUAAGCGACAUUUUUGGCCGGCGGCGGCGUCACGCCGUUGGACCCUACCGGCGGCGGCGCGCCGGCGUGUGUCGGCGUGACGAAUAUUGACGCCUAUACUUCAUACAUACAAACAAACGUUACAGCUUAUAGACAAUCUAAAAAAAUCAUCGCCCACGAUGUACUAGCGACAUCUGUUGAACACAUUGCACAAAAUGUAAUUCUCGCAACCAUAUCGAAUUUUUUUUCAACUGAAGCUCCAAUAGUGCCCACCCUGCUUGCCAAAUGCAAGAUAAUAAAUGAAAGGUGUAACUAUUUUUACAGUUGUAAAAUUUGAAGAAUGAAAUAGAAAAAUUGUCGAUGUCGCAUACUACGACUUCGCAUGAAAUAAUGAUUGCAAUGGACAAAUUUGAAGAGUGCAGAGUAACGACUGUAUUUAAAUGACCCAUAAUAAUUAUUUAUUGUUCUAUAUUUGGGAAAUUAAGCAACGGUAAAAAAAAUUUGUUUUGUUUGAGGAAAUUAAUUGUUGUUGUCAUUUCAUUGUUUAUUGUUUCUAUUUAGUCAUCUUUACCGUAAGCCCGGGGACAAUUGACAACUCCAAUAUAUUGAAUUCAUAAGCAAAUUUUGGGGGUGAUAUGGUGAUUUUUUUUGCUGCUAGAAUUCUGAUAAAAACACAAAUUCUAUUCAAAACGAAUUGUUAAGCUUGGUGGUGAUGUACUUUCAUUGGCCAAAAUGUUUUUUAUUUACGAUUCUCGAGAUAAAAAGCACCAAUGAUUUAACGAUUUCAAACUUCACACAACAAGAAAUCUAAAAUAUGUUUAGGAAGGAAGAGAGCCGGUUGUUAAAAACAGAUUUCCAGCUAAAUAUUAAUAAGAUUUAUGUAACUUUGCUGAUGGUUUUCAGUUAGGGAUAAAUUUAUUCUCUAAUAAUAGUUUUCUUUAUUCACAUUUUGGAAUAAGCUUUUUCUAAAUGUUGUUCUAGCCGCAUUGACGGCGUUCAUAGCACACGUAACGAAACACGCUUUUCUCUUGAAACUUUUUCGUUUCGUUGUUCGUAGUACUCAUACAGAGAAGGCAUACUAGCGCCACCAUCAAAUCGGUGGUGCAUAUAUGAAACAAGCACUAUCUGUCAAGUUGUCCCUGGGUUGUUUACCAUCGCUCUUUUAGAAUCCCGCAGAUAUCAGGUACCCUAACACGAGGCGUUAUUAUUGGUAUUACUGCGCAGAAAUGUCACUUUUAAUGAUCGUGUAAGGACACCUUUCAAGGUAGACACAUUACUUCAUUUUCCAGGCUGGUGUUUACUUUUACUUCUUGUAAGUACAAAAUCGCCACAAUGAUAAGGAAUACGAUUCCCUGGUACUACAUUUUCUUACAACGUACGACCUGCUUCUAUCUUGAAUGCAAAGUAUGCUCGAUGUGCUGCAAUCAUACAGUUCUACACCCUGACGAAACCUAAAUAUACAGUUACUAUCAAUCAUAAUCAUUCCACGACUUAACGUGUUAGCUCCUGUUAGGUUGAAACUGAUCACUAAACAAGUCUGAUUGAAAAUGGCCUGAGCGUAUCUCUAGUUUUCGUAGCACCUGCACCCCGCCAAUUUCUCCAGCAGUUCCAGGGACCAACAAAUUCUAAUCCAUUGCAUACAUUCGAUACACCGAAUCAAUUAAAUUACUAACAUACUGUUAUGUGCUUAGUCAUCGAUUGGCAUCGUGUUGUAACCAGAGUUAAAAAUAAUCGAAUCUGUUUUUGACGACUGAAAAUGAACCUGAUGCGACUCGCGGUGAAUAGAAAAAAUAUUCAUUCAAAUAUCCAUGUUAAUCAUUCAGUUGAAUAUCGUACAAUAUAUUCAUUCACUAAUUAUCUAGGAAAAUGUUUUCAAAUGCCGGUAAAGCAACUGAAACAACAAUCAUCAUCGCUUACAUUGUGCCAGGGCCUACUUUGAUGCGUUUGAUUCGUUACUGCACGGUCGCUUCGUGUAAUAAUCGGAAACGAAUGAAAAUCUGCAUGGAUGAAUGGGCGGUUUGUUCGUUUGACGUUUUCAGCUGCGUCGCUGAAUAUUGAAAAUGAAUGCGGCUGAAUAUGAUCAAUUUUCAUUCAAUGAAUUUGAAUAUUUUUAACUCUGGUUGUAACUUAAGAAAUGGUUGUGAACAACUCCCACCUUGGGCACUUCGACAAGAAUUAAUUUCACAUUUCCGGCCCAUAUUGUUUGUUUUGGUUUGCAUUAGAUUAAAAAGACCGUAACGUUUUCGGGUGGGUGCGGAAACUAAGUAACGCAUUUAGCUCUGUGUCAAAAUCUCUUCACUGACGCCACCGAUUUGUAAUUGAAAUCGACCUUUUUUCUACGAGUGAUGAAAAUUCAUCUCGUGUUACGACUUAUUUGUCUGUGAUACCAGGCUGGUGCAAAUCACUGAAUAUCUUUCUUGAGUGGGGCUAGAUCAUACGAUGCAUAAUUUAUGAGACUAGAAAUCUUACCCUCUUUUUUUUUUUACAAUGGAGAAGACCUUUAUGUCCUAGCCCAGUACACGUGCUAUUGGUAGGGUCCAAUCUACCGCACGGGGUGCACUGGGGGCGUGUCGGACUCAAAUGGUGACCAGCCAUUAAUACCGACUAAACUCCAUUGGGCUCCGCCAUCAUUCCUCCCAGGAACUACCUCUCGGUAUUACUUCUGGGGGGAUGGCUGUACUAAAUGAACUCAUUCACUCUCACUCACGCGUUCAUACAUCCUGUAUGAGGCUUACUUGGGUGCUCUCUCAAUCGCACUUUGAUUCACUCUCAAACACUCCCACAUGAGGCUGACUUUUGUGCUCACUUUUACGUUCCAUGCGAGGCUGACUUGUGUGCUCACCUUACUCAUUCCUUGCUAGGCUUACUUUUGUGCUCGCCCUACCCAUACAUGUGAGGCUGACUUGGGUGCUCACCCUAUCACCUGAUUCACUCUCAAUCGUGCCACUCUAUUGUACCUUUGUCGCUCCCUCUGGCAUCCCAUGUGGGACAUUUUUCUUAGGCCCCACUUCUGACAUACCAUGCGAGGCUGACUUUUGUGCUCACCUUUUUCAUUCCUUGCUAGGCUGACUUUUGUGCUAGCCUCUACCAACCUGUGAGGCUGACUUUUAUGCUCACCCUUAACAUGCAGUGAGAGACUGACUUGGAUGCUCACCCUUUCACUCCUCUGCCACGCCAUGAGGCAUCGAUAGCUUAGUUCCAACAUACUACGCUACGACCCUCCCGUCUUGGCAUGAGGCAGUCCACUUAUACGCCUAUACACUCACUCUUCUGUCUUGCUUCGGGGUGGCUGGGUUUACCCCUUACGCGGUUGCCAUUCGCUGCGCCAAACCUGCCUCGGCAUGAACAGACCAUUCACUCCCUUUUUUGCGCUUGGCCUUUUUUGCUCCAGCUAACCAAUCACUAGUUAGCCGUGCCCGCCGUCUGUUGCUCGGUUCGCCAGAUUACCUGUAGCCUACUGGCAAUCUGGAUGGUAGCAGCCGAGACUGCAUUCCACUUCUCCACCGUUUGACACAUCCGCUG